UCAGGGUACGGACAACAUCAGGCGAGCGAUGAGCUCCGGGGCCUCGUUUAGGGGCUACGGGCCACGCGCCUAAAUAUGAGGGAGGAAGAACUAGAAGUGGCCCUGAAGUUUGUCGUUUCCUAGUAAUGGCAAAAGUGAAUAACCUAAUAACCGAAAUAGUACUCGCCAAUCUAAUUUUCGUAUGUAUUAUGCCGCAAAUUUUGACGGUGUCGGUUCUAAAAUCGCCGGCGACGAUCGGUAAGUUUCCGGGUGUGAUAGCCGGUAUAACGUAAAC